AUGGCGUGCAGUAAAGCGGAAGAUUUGAUCAAUCAACUUAUUGAAGCUACGUUAAAAUUGUUAGAUUUUGGCUUAAAUAUUAUGGAUGCAUUACGAGUACAGAAACUACUCACCAUACGAAAUCAAAAAAUUGGUUUAAUCAGUGAUGAUGCAUGUCUUCCAGAAUGUAGUUUACGGUUUAGCCUUAAUUUUGAUUUAAUGAUGUUUAACAAAUUACUACGAUCGGCAUGUUUACGAGCUCGAGCUACAUUGAAUGAAUUACGGGUGUGUCGAUUACGUUAUCCCAAUGCACCUCUAGGCUUGGAACCAAAAACAAAGGUGAAAUUUUUAAAACUACAACGAAAAAUUCAAGAAUUUGAUGAAGCAGUUCGUAGUGAUAAAAUGAUUGCUCGUCGUGAUUUGCGUGAUUUUCGUGAAAUAGCUAUUAUCUUUUCACAAUUAGAACACGAUUUGAAGUUAUUAAUAUGUAGUUUGGAAUGUGCUAGUACAAUGAAAGAUACAGUGCUAUUCGCGGCACCUAUCACAGAUGUAAUGACUGUAUUAUCAAUUGUGUUAUCAAGACUUGAACGUCUAGCGCAAAAAGCGGAAAUUGACGAGAAAAUAGCAGCUGCUGAGCAACAAAAACAAUUACAAGAGCAAAAGGCAAAAACCAAUCUUGGUCCAGGAGAGGGAAGUGGUGGACAAGCGGCAGUUGCACAAUCAAAUUCAGCCGAACCUUAUUGGAAUCGAAAUCAACAUCAUUAUCGUUUUCAUCGUAACAAACCUCAACGAGCCAGAUCGAAUAAAAUGAGAAAUUAUUAUGAAAAACUAGAUGAAUUCAAUAGUGAAAUGUUUGAUAAACCAAAGAAUCAGCAGAAAAUCAAUCGCAAUAGUGUAAUUUCAAGAAAACAUGAAUCAGUAUCUGCGAUGAUUGUUGCCGCUAGUCAACGAUUAAUUAGUCAACAAUCUCCAACGAAAAAAUCGUCAGAAUUUGGUCGGAAACAACAAGAAUUACAGCAACAACAUGAAACAGUUGAAACAACCAUACAGAAUACAGAGGGCGAUAAAAAUAAAACAUUUCCGACGGUGACAGCUACAUCGACACAUUGUUCAAGAAGUGAAAUGUUGCUGAAUUAUGAAAGUGCUAAGACAAUAAAGAAAAAAACGACAAAACCAUCCAAAAAAUAUCGUUCAUCAACCGCAAUGACCAUACCAGCCGAAGUUGAAUAUUCAAAAUCAUUAUCUACUCAUUACUAUCAUCCUAAUAGUCAUAAAUUAUUACCAAAAAAUGUUGGUAGAUUUUGUUAUGCAAUGCAAUCGAGUCAGUCAUUGCAUCCGCGUGAAAAAAAUGAGAAGAAAACAACAGAAGACGUACAGCAACAGUUCCCAGUGUUAAAUAAUGACAGUUAUGAAUUGAACGAUGAAAAGCUAAAAACAGAGAAAAAUGAAUUUAUUCGUAAAUGGGCAGAAGAUGUGAGAAAUACAUAUGGUUACAAACAGAUCAUUAAUUCAACACCAAAUUAUCAAGACAAGAUAUCCGAUGAUGAUGUGGUAAGAAUAACAUCACAUUUAGAACACACCCGUCUUGAGAAUGAUCGUAUGAGAUUAGAGACAAAAAACGAAGACGAAAAAGGAAAAUAUAGACAUUAUCAUCGAAAACUAUCAAAAAAGAACAAAUACCACUCAUCCGUUUCUCUAUCAACAUCGUUAAACAUUUCUAAUUCCUCGUUGUCUGAACAUGGUUAUCCCAGAAAAACUCGUCGUAUAUAUUUUUCUAAACGAAAACCACCAGCAUUCAGCAACGCUAGUAGCAAUGCAAAUGAAAACAGUAAAACACGUCGACGUUCGUUUAAUUAUCAUCAUCAUCAUCAAAAGCUGAAAAAAAAAGAAGGAUCUUGUCCAUCGAGUGAGAAUAACGAAUUUGGUACUUAUACAGUAAACAACAUAAACAAAGAGGAUGAAAAUGAACAUCUGUCUAAAACUAGACAAACAAAUUUAUCAUCAAAAGAUAGUAAUAUACAAUGUAAAGUCAGUUGA